AAUUAGAAGUGGAAUAAGUCGUAAUUUAUUCCAGUCUAGAAUUUUGAAGACGUCAAAUACUAAUUUUAAAUUUCUAUUUGGAGAAUACAAAAAUACAGAAUGACUGAUAGAAAAGCUGUUAUUAAAAAUGCCGACAUGUCGGAAGAUAUGCAAGCCGACUCUAUCGAAUGCGCCACCCAAGCCCUGGAGAAAUUUAACAUUGAAAAAGACAUUGCUGCCUUCAUCAAGAAGGAAUUUGACAAAAAAUACAACCCAACAUGGCACUGUAUUGUCGGCAGAAACUUUGGAAGUUACGUGACCCACGAAACCAAACAUUUCAUAUACUUCUAUUUGGGUCAAGUCGCCAUUUUGUUGUUUAAAUCUGGUUAGAGAGGAUGAUGAUGAUGAUGAUGGGAGGAUGAUAUGAGUUAAACUGGCGGAUGAAGACGCUGAUAUCCAUCAAGAUGCUAUUAAUCUAGUUCUCGGCAUUUAAUUCUACACAUGAACCUUUUUAGUUUCGCCAUUAUUUAAUUUCAACACGAACAAAUUCUAUAUUUUGUUCUUAUUUAUUUAUAGAAUAUUUAUUGGAAUCGUCUAACAUAGUACUAAUUGAAAUGUUAAAAUUGGAUGAUAAUCGAGCAAGAAUAUAACAAACUUCCAAGUCUCUACCUCUGACCUAGGCCAGUGCUUCUAUAGUAGAGAAUCUCAUAACACCUAAUACCUCUGAUCUAGGCCAGUGCUUCUAUAGUAGAGUAUCUCUUUAAGACCUUAUACAAGGUUAUAUGCUCGCAAUGUCGAACUGGAAAUACUUUGGUCACAAUUAUUUGUAUGGACUUGAGAACUAUUUGAGAACUGCAAUUAUAUUUGCGGACGAGUUUCCUGGUUGAUUGGUUAUGUCUGGCUGAAGAAGAAGAGUGACUGAUCUCGCAGGUGUCCGGUACGAAAUUCUCCAACAAUACCGAUUGCUCACAGUAGUCUAUGAAUCAAUCGAAAUUUAGUCAAAAUCACCAAAAAUAACGAUUACCUCUGAUAACAUUAUGAUUUACCACUUUCUAAUAUUUAUUUUAUUUAUUUCUUUAUUGUUAUGUUUUGUAUAAAUUUUCAUAUAAAAAUAAUUUUCACAAGUUGGUUUUGUGAAUACGGAACUUGGGUUUGCCUUGUACGCGGACGUGGGUUUUCACAUGAUCGAGGAACUAUUUGGGUAUGGUUUGAAACUGAGCCAGUGGUUCUAAUGAGUCUUUCAGUGGAUGGAGUUUAAUAUUAUAAUUUUAUUAGACAAUAC